AUGAGCGCAGUUAUGGAGGAAAACAAGAUGGAAAUUGAGGCGAAUAAAGAAAAUGAAUGCGAGGGAAAGGCGAUCGAAGGGUUGAACGAGGGAAACAUCAACGGCGAAGCGUGCAUUAACAGUGGUAGCAAUGAGAACAGCCACGGAAACGACGAAAGUGGCGAAAAAAGCUGCAACAACGGUGAAGGCGACCAAAAAAGUGGCGACGACGAGAAGGGCAACGAAAACGAAAGCAAGGCAGAAAAUGACGAGAACAAAAGCAGCAACCGCUGGGCGGACAUGUGCGAGGACUACGACGCUCCAUUAGUUGACACGUACAACGACGACAAGGAUAUGAAGCACAGAACGACGGAUAGCAAUUUUAGCGACAUGCAUAGCAGCAUGAAGCAAAAUUAUUUCAUGUCAAACAAGAAUGACAUGAACAACUUCUCGCCGAGCUACGAAGUGUACAUCCGUAACCUACACCUGGAGAUAACGAAGGAAGAAGUGUACAAGUUAUUCGAGGGAUAUCGCAUCAGGAGGGUGAACAUUUUAAAUAAAAAGGGCAAAACGGCAGCAGCGUAUGUAGAGUUUGACAAUGCGGAAGACAUGAACAGAUCGCUGGAGUUAAAUGGAAAGAUGAUUUAUUCGGGAAAUAACACAUUCGAGCACGGAGCAAUAUCGGUCAUAAUAAAUAAGGACAAAAUGAAAAAUUUCCACACCAGUCAGAAGCAAAAUAAAUUUAAAAAAGUUAUCGGAAGGACCAACAACAGCUUUUCGACCUUGCGACAGGGAAAUAACAAUAUGAGUAACUUGAUGAGCAAUUACAACGUAGGAGGGAAUAGCGGCAACAACAUGAACAGUAGUAACAAUAGCCCCUUCGGAAUGAACAAUAAUAUGUACUUCAAUGAUAGCAACAAAAAUUUGAAAAUGGAUAUGAAGGGGAACACGAUGAAUAGCAGUAACAACAUGAAUGCAAGUUUUAGUAAUUACACACACAUGAAGUUAAAUUAUAUGAACAAUAGUAGCAGCAAUGCUGGAGGUGGCAUGCACAUGAACCAAGGAAGUAACAAUAAUUCCCACAUGCUAAAUGAGAAAAUGAAUACUAGUUCUGCGUUUGCCUUUAAAAGUAUGAACUACCCCAACAGUAGCAACAACAAUAAUGCGGGGAAAAAUAUCGGCAUGAACAGUGAAGGCAAUGCCAAUACGUCCACCGUACCAGAACAGAGGAAAAAGCUAGUCCUGAAGAAACGUACCGUGCCAUUGGAUCAAAAGACGUAUGUUAUCAACCCAAAUAUUUUUGGAGAGGCCAAACCGGUUGAUACCAACCCGGACAAAAUUCUAGCCGAUAACGUUACCAAGGAGAAAGAGUCAAAUGAUAUUGCGAAUAAUGUUGGUGAGGAGGGGGUUAAGAAGCUGGAAGGACAGGAAGAUGACGACGCGCAGCAGAAGAAGUCUAUCGGGAUGAACAAUGAAAAUGUUGGGAACAACAUGGACGACCCGAACGGUAGUAGUGGCGGAAAUAAGAGCGUGUUUAACUACAAAAAAAACGUGAACGCAGGCAGAAAUUUUAACUUUAGUAGCAACCUCCAAAGCAGCAACAAUAAUAACGGUAACAAUAACAGUAACAGUGGUAACACUUCGGGGGGUAAGUACUCCAACACGAAAAAGAUUUUCAUGGUGAAUAAGAAUAACCCCAGUAACAACCCCAGCAGUGGGAUAAGGAAAAUUUUAAACAGCUCUGAUAAUAACCAAAGCGGGGGCAAAAGCAUAGGAAAUAGCGGUUUGAACAGCCCGGGCAGCCCAAAUGCGAAUAACCUCGGCCCAGACGCGAACAACUCCACAGGGAACAUGAAAAGGAUAAACUUGAGCAACAGGAACAACAAAAAUGCAGACAUGAAUAAUAGUGCAAACUCCAGCCCAUUCGGUACCAAUGUAAAGAACAUGAAUGCGGAUGACAAGAACAAAGGACUGAACCUGAGAGGAAUGCAUGGUCAUAAUAACGCCUUCGAAAAUAAAACGUAUGGAGGGGCAAACGCACAUGAGCAUGGAACAGGAAAUAAUGCAUUUGGAGGAGGUAAUCCAUCUGGGGACUACUCAAAGGACAUGUUUGCCAACUUCCGAAGCGGGAACCUAAAAAUGGAGAAGAAAAGCAACGACUCGCCCUUUUCCAGUGGGAGGCAGAAGGAACUAAAUAUCAUAAAGAAAGACGACAAGGCGAAUAUCAAAAAUAUUAUUAUGAAGAAUAUGAAGCGGGAAGAUGGAGGGAAUACCAACUACAACAACAACAACAACAACAACAGCAGUGGAGAUGCUGGCGGUGCUGGUGCUGUUAGCGGGGGAGGCUACAAACACAAGAGCGAAAACGGCCCCCUCUUUCGUAACAAAGAUUCAGGAGGACUCAACUUCAGGACAAAUAAAGCUGGCGGAUCUACUGGUGCAUCUAAAAUGAACUCAGACAAUGAUGGAGGUAAGGACAGCAUGAUGAAUUAUAAGAAGAGUAAUGAUGCCAAUGUUAAGAAAGGCGAAGAACCAUUUGAAAAUAUGAACCGAGGCCCCAACAGAAAUAUCAACAGGAAUAACCACUCCUAUGGAAAUGUCACUUCAUCCCAAGGAACCAACGCAGGGGAAAGUACUGCCAAUAACAGCCGACCUGGGGGAACCACCACCACCACCACCACCACCGGAGCAGAUAACUGCAAUGCACAAGGGGGGGACAACUCCUACAGUUACAACAUUGAAAAUUUGUACGACAGUUCGUUGAAGUAUGUGAAAAAUGCCAAUAACUCAAAUAAGGCGAAAAAGGUUACCGCUGUGAAAACGGUGAAGGUUAUCGCAACGGAAAAGAAGAACGAUGAUGAUAGUGACUCAGAGGAGAUGAAAGAUAAGAGUGGAAAAGACGACCCGAACAAUGACGGAACGGGGGAUGAUCACAACGCAGGUACCAGUACCGGAAACAACAACAACACUAGUGGUGGCCAUGGAAAAGGAUUUGAUAAAAGCGGAAAGGACGACAAAUGCAAUGACGAUAAGAAGGUAGGGAACAAUUACGAUGACUCUGCCAGGAGCAAUGAUAACUACACCUACGAAUCGGAUAGCUCAGAAAAUUGCAAAGAUAUCACCACGACCAAUUUGAAGUCCACUCUGCUACACACUAAGACGAAGAAGAGAGUGAAAAAGAAACCUGUCGAAGAAGGAGAACAAAACAGCGGAAAUAACCCUAAUGAUGAGAAUGCACAGAAUGGCCAAGGAGGAACAACAGGAAACAGCAAGACACAGAAAAUCGACAUUUUGAUCAAGCCCAAUUUGAAGAAAGGGGAAAAUAUUUGGGAAGCGAGAACACACCUGCUGGUGGAGCAGGAGAACAACAUGAAAAAUGACAAAGGGUCACAGGACGGCUCCAGGAGGAGUCAUUCCCCUUCGAAUAAGGUCAGUCGUGGCAGCAGUCACCGUAGGGAUGGAAGCAAGAGAAGGGACAGUAGUAGCCGGAGGAGGGACGACAGCAGGGGGGACAGAUACGGACGCAGGUAUGACCGUCGGGAUGAUCACCGAGAUGAUCGUCGUGAUGACCAUCGAAAGGAAGACCGAAAAGACAGCAUAAGCAGCAGCAGAGAAAAAAGGGAAGAUGACAGGAAGGAGGAAGAAAAGGAGGAAGACUCCUAUGAAUACAGAAAGCAGAACCGAAAUUAUGAUAAAUAUGGCAGUCGAGACGACUACUAUGAAAGAAAGCGAAACGGAAAAUACGGCGCUCCCGAUAAAAGAGGGUACGACAUGAAGAGCUACGGUGAUUCGUAUGACAGGGGCAGCUACAGGGACAGUUACGAUAGAGGCAGCUACAGAGAUAGUUACGACAGGGGUAGCUAUAAGGAUAGUUACGACAGAAGCGGCUACCGAAAUUCUCACGACCGCAUAAGCUACAAGGAUAGUUACGACCGAAGCAGCAACUACGUUGAGUACGACAAAAUGGACAACAAAUAUUAUUCAAACAACUACAACUCCAUGAGACAUAAAAACUACAAACCCCAUCACAAUGCCCAUGGAAAAAUGAACAACUAUAGUUACCAAAAUAAUUACAAGUCAGGUCAUUAUUAUAAGUACCCAACGAAGGCAGGACCAGGGACCUACUACAGCAAUAGCAAAAAUGUAACCAAGGCUAGUGAGAAGGAAAAAACGGAGACCAAGGCAGAUAUACAGGCCAUCCCGAAGAAGGCCAUUGUCACCACUGUUAAGACGAACAACGUUUCGAUUAAGAAGAACCGUUACGAAUGUUUGGAUGAUGGUGACGAGAGCGACAAGUGA